AUGGCGCAGGCGGCCCACGAACUUGACAAGAUGCCUUCCGCCGACAAACACAUCGAGGACAGCGCCACGGGCGCUGGCCAGCAGGCGUCGCCAAUCACUUCAGACCUGGAACAGGGCCAUGGGCAGAGCAAGCUCAUGCGUUUCUACUCGCAUCCCUGGACGCAGAUUCUGCUUAUUUCCAUGAUCUGCUUCUGCCUUCCUGGAAUGUAUAACGCUCUCACAGGCAUUGGUGGCUCUGGCCAAGUUGAUCCGACCGUUGCCGCAAACGCCACCGUCGCUCUCUUGGCUACCACUGCCGCAACCGCUCUUCUGGUUGCCGGCCCGAUCUUCUCAGUGACCGGACCUCGAAUCUGCUUCCUCAUCGGUGGAUGGGCCUACGCUCUGUACAGCGGCAGCUUGUUGCACUUCAACCACGACGCCAACGGCGCAUUUGUGAUUGGCUCCGGUGCCGUGCUUGGCAUCGGCGCCUCAUUCGUCUGGAUCGUGCAGGGUGCCAUCAUGACCACCUAUGUGGACGAAUCUCAAAAGGGUCGUGCUAUUGCCGUCUUCUGGGUCAUUUUUAACUUUGGUGGUGGCAUCGGCUCGCUGGUCUCCUUCAGCCUCAACUACAACAACACUGCCGGCACUGUCAGCGAUUCGACGUACAUUGCUCUCAUGGUCAUCAUGAUUUUCGGCUGGACGCUGGGAUUCUUCAUUUGCUCUCCCAAGCACGUUCGUCUGGCACAGCUCCACAGAGCUGUCGAGACUGAGAAGAACACCAUCAAGGGCAUGCUCAAGAUGACGCUCAGCACGCUCAUGAAGUGGCGCGUCGCCUGCAUGAUUCCUCUGUUCUUUUCCGCAAACGUAUUCUACAGCUACCAACAAAACAACGUCAAUGGCUACACUUUUAACCUUCGCACACGAUCUCUCAAUGGCGCGCUGUACUGGUUCUCGCAGAUGGCUGGCGGUCUUUUGAUUGGUCUGAUCUUGGAUCUUCCCAUGCUCAGCCGACCCAACCGUGCCCGCCUGGGUUGGUUCUUUGUCUUUGCGACCGGCAUGGUCAUCUGGGGCGGCGGCUACCAGUUCCAGCUGUGGCAGGACAAGUUUUUCGCCGAGGGUGGAAAGCAGACUCUUGACUUCAAGGAUAGCAAGAAAGCCGUGGGGCCCAUGUUCCUGUACAUCUUUUACGGAUGCUACGAUGCUCUCUGGCAGGGCUUCGCCUACUGGCUCAUCGGCACUGAGUCCAACAGCACGUCCCGCGCGGCGGUGCUCGUGGGCAUGUACAAGGGCCUGCAGGCUGCUGGUGCCGCUGUUGCGUGGAGACUAAAUGCCCUGCACCUCGCGCCCAUGAAGCAGCUGGCCAUGGACUGGGGCCUGUGCAUUGGCUCCUUGAUUUUCGUGCUGCCGAUGGUUCUCACCAUCUCGGACAAGACAGUCGCAGAGGAGGAGGCAGGAUUCUCUGGGUCCGAGGUGCAGGACGCCAAGCUGGCGGAAGAGUAG